CUUCCGCCGGAAAACGGAGUCGUCUGAGAAAUCUCAGAGCAGGUUACCGGCCGGGGUUUCGCCCGGAGGCUGUGGGCAGGAGCUCCGUGGGCCUGGCGAAGAUGGCUUGUGCAGCCGCACGGUCGCCGGCCGACCAGGACAGGUUCAUUUGUAUCUAUCCCGCUUAUUUAAAUAACAAGAAGACCAUCGCGGAGGGGAGGCGAAUCCCCAUAAGCAAGGCUGUUGAAAAUCCUACAGCUACUGAGAUUCAAGAUGUGUGCUCAGCAGUUGGACUUAAUGUAUUCCUUGAGAAAAAUAAAAUGUACUCUAGAGAAUGGAAUCGCGAUGUUCAGUACAGGGGCCGAGUCCGGGUCCAGCUCAAACAGGAAGACGGCAGCCUCUGUCUCGUACAGUUUCCAUCACGUAAAUCAGUAAUGUUGUACGCAGCAGAAAUGAUACCUAAACUAAAAACAAGGACACAAAAAACAGGAGGUGGUGACCAAAGUCUUCAGCAAGGAGAGGGAAGUAAAAAAGGGAAAGGAAAGAAGAAGAAGUGACUGGGGAUGAGAAUCAAGUACGUGGUACUACUGUGAGUCAUGAACGAAGGCUUCUAAUUUGUAUCUAAGAGAAACAGAAGCUUUUUGUUUGCAUCAUUUAACCAAACUAUGGACAUCCAUGCCUCCCAGCUUCAGCAUCAGAGGUGUAAUGAAAUAAAUUUACAUCAGAAGUUUGCAUCCAGCUCUUAUGCAGUAUAAAAGAAAAUUUCUUUGCAGAGUUUUUAUGGAAGAACGAAGCAUAUUUUUAAAUGGACAAUGGAUUCUACAAUCAGUGACUUGAAAUUCUGUAUCUGUUCUGUGUUUAUAAACAUGUUUCAGAUAAUGAGUUCAAUUAAAGAUUUGAAAUACACAUUUUCUUCAACUUUUAAGUUAGUGAAAUAAAAUUUGAAACUGACUCUUAAA